CAGAGAGUUGUCGAAGUACACACGGUGUUGCCAACUCUCGAACAUUGAUCGGUAUGUGUGGUAACACCUUUACAACAAGAGUAGCAAACGACUGUUAACGAAGUCUUCUUUUUCAAUACAUGCAAACGUGUGACAAGACAGAUUAGGUACUAUGUGUUUUAAGGAAUGUAUAGAUAGUUAUUAGAAAACCAGCUGAUGUUCAACAACUUAUGGGCUCAACCUGUGAUUUUUAUACUUUCUUUGAAAUGAAAGGAUUUUAGUACUGAGCCGAUUCGAAAAAAAGCAAACAAACCAAAAACGGAGGGGAUGGAAUGUUCUGUUUCUCAUCAGAAAAAAUGGAUGUCUCAUCAGGUUUGACUUGUGGAAGGUGUGUGAGAGAGAAAAAGAAACAACAAUGGGUAACUUGAUAGGAAGAGGAAAUGUAAGACCAAAAGAGCGACCAAUUCGACCAAACCACACAGUACCGUCAAAUGUAAAAGCAACGCACAAAGACCAUCCAAACCAUGGGUACAAAGAUAAUCAAGUGAAGACCACGAAAUACACAGUUUUAUCAUUUCUACCCAAAAAUCUGUUUGAACAGUUUCAUAGAUUUGCAAAUUUGUAUUUUAUUUUUGUGGUGGCAUUGAACUGGGUUCCCGAAAUAAAUGCCUUUGCCAAAGAAGUUGCUGCAGUUCCUGUUAUAUUCGUGCUUUCUGUGACUGCUGUCAAGGAUGCUUAUGAAGACUUUCGAAGAUACCGGUCUGAUAAAAAAGUUAAUGCCUUGACCUGUAGAGUAUAUUCAAGAUCUGAGGAGCGUUAUGUAAAAGUAGAAUGGAAAAAUGUUUAUCCUGGAGAUUUUGUGCACUUGUCCUGCAAUGAGAUCAUUCCAGCUGAUAUACUUCUACUACGUUCGAGUGAUCCUGGUGGGAUAUGUCAUGUUGAAACUAGCAAUCUUGAUGGAGAGAAUAAUCUCAAGCAACGUCAGGCAGUAACUGGAGUGAUGACAAAUAUGGAAAAUUUUGAUCCAAGGUGGUUCACCUACACAGUUACGGUAGAUGAGCCAAAUACAUCCAUUUACAACUUCAAAGGCUAUGUAGAAAAAGAUGGAGAGAAGAUUCCUCUCAACAGCAGCAAUCUUCUGCUACGUGGAUGCAUGAUCAAAAACACAGAUUUUAUAGAGGGUCUUGUUCUUUAUGCAGGCCAUGAAACAAAGGCCAUGCUUAAUAAUCGUGGGCCAAGGUACAAACGUACUAAGCAAGAACGGAAAAUUAACCGUGAUGUCAUCUGGUGUGUUAUACUCCUUUUGUUUCUCUGCUUCUUUUGUGCAAUUGGUAGUGGAAUAUGGCUGGCAGAUUACAAUGAUCUGACAAAAAACACCAACCUUGUGCCUUUCAUUCCAUUUGGAGAUCUUGACCAGUACAGUCCACUAUACCAAGGUUUCAUUGUAUUUUGGACAUACAUCAUCAUCUUCCAGACUGUGAUUCCAUUGCCGCUGUAUGUCUCUGUGGAACUUGUGAAACUAGGCCAGGUUUAUUUCAUCACCCAAGAUCUGGAACUGUAUGAUGAAGAGUCUGACAAAAGAAUGGAGUGCAGGGCCCUCAACAUUACUGAAGAUCUUGGUCAGAUUGAGUACAUCUUCUCUGACAAAACUGGUACAUUAACAGAAAAUAAAAUGGAAUUCAAGGGUUGCACCAUUGGUGGAGUGGAUUACCCCCAUUUUCCAGAUGAGGAAUUUUCAAGUGAGAGCAACUUUGACAGCCGGAUAUCCGUUACCAACUUUAGUCGGAACAGUUCUGUUAUGGACAACUUACCUCUGGAGCCUGCCCUGCAGCGUGAACUGUCAAACAUGUGUCUUCGCAGUUUAGAGAGCGUCGAGUUGACCAUCCCUCCCCACGUCAAGCGUGUGCAGGAGUUCUUUCUCCUUAUGGCAAUCUGUAACACAGUGGUUGUUUCCCACCACCCCCAUGAAGAUAUGUUGGAUGAAAGUGGAUUUCUUGCUGAGCCAGCCUUCAACAAGUUAGGUGAUCGACCAAGUGAAGCAACAGACAAGUAUAAUCGUAUUCAACAAACCAGCACCCCUGUGUUCGUACGAGCAUCUAAAAGUCGCUCUUUUGGUUCCCUGUCAGCUAGCGAUCUGGGGGAUUACCCAGGCACACCAUCAGAAGGUAGUGUCACUGGGUCUUCAUUUUUGUCUGACAGUUCUUCACAGACGAGAUAUGAAGCUGAAAGUCCAGAUGAACUUGCACUGGUGAGAGCAGCCAGUACCUAUGGAUGCCGUUUAUUGAAGCGUUCACCUGAUAAAGUGGUGGUAUGGCUUCCAGCGGAAGGAGAUGUAGAAUUUUUUGUACUGAACGUACUUGAUUUUGAUUCUACAAGAAAGAGAAUGUCUAUCAUAGUGCAGCAUCCCCUCUCCAAAGAAAUCAUUUUGUUUGUCAAGGGAGCUGACUCUGCUAUUCUCAGUGUUCUUCAUAAGAGAUACAAAGAGGAUCAUGAAGAAAAAAGAGUCCUGGAGGAGACGAACAAGCAUCUGUUAAGCUAUGCAUUGAGAGGUCUCCGCACAUUGUGCAUGGCCCGAAAGGUGUUGACAGGUGAGGAGUAUUCAGCAUGGUUGGUGAAACAUAAGGAGGCAGAAGCAGCUAUGGAUGACAGAGAAAUCAAACUUCGUGACUCUGCUUGCCGCAUUGAGGCUGACCUUGAUCUUCUAGGGGCAACAGGUAUUGAAGACAGAUUGCAAGAUGGUGUUCCCCAGACCAUUGCAAAACUGCGAGCGGCAGGAAUCAACAUAUGGGUUCUUACUGGUGACAAACAGGAAACAGCAAUGCAAAUUGCUUAUGCUUGCAAGCUCUUCAGCAAAGACCAAGAGGUUUUCACCAUAAAUGCUACAAGCAAGGAAUUAACACGCGAUCUUCUGGAGCACCAUCUCUGCCAGAUUGAUCGGGAUCAGUCAGUGCGUCGGACACCAGAACAGGCAAAUGCAGAUGCUGCUCCACAUGAUGUAGAACAUCAGAGGAGUUCUUUCAUUAGCAAGGAGCGAAGUUAUGCUUUGGUGAUUGAUGGCCACACAUUGAGCUUUGCUCUGCUGCCAGAACUAGAGGAGCUUUUUUUGAAGCUUUCACAGAAGUGUCACUCUGUUGUUUGCUGUCGAGCAACACCAAUACAAAAAGGCAAUGUAGUGAAGCUAGUCAGAGAUAACCUCAACAAGAUGACCCUUGCCAUAGGUGAUGGUGCCAAUGAUGUUAGCAUGAUUCAAACAGCAGAUGUUGGUGUGGGCAUAUCAGGGCAGGAAGGAAUGCAAGCGGUCAUGGCGUCAGACUUUGCCAUUGCACGCUUCCGUUUCCUUGAGCGCCUACUUCUUGUACACGGACACUGGUGUUAUGAUCGCCUUGCACGCUUUGCUGCUGUCAUGUUCUAUAAGAGCAUGCUAUCAGUGUUUGUGUUGUUUUGGUUCCAAAUCUUCAGUGGUUUCUCAGGGUCUUUGAUGAUUGACAGUCUCUACCUGACCCUGCAGCAUGUUGUCUUCACAGCUUUGCCCCCACUCAUCAAUGGUAUCUUUGACAAGGAUCUGUCAGCAGAGACACUGCUAGCUUACCCUCAGGUCUACAGACCAUGUCAGGCUGGAGAGAUGUACACCCAUUGGACAUUCCUAGUAAUACUAAUGGACUCCUUGUGGCAAAGCCUGAUGAUAUACUUUAUACCACAUUUGGCUUACAGCAACAAUUCUGUUGGCAUAUGGGAGUUUGGCACCACCAUAGAUGUGUGCCAGAUUCUGUCCAUUCUACUCAUGUUUGGAAUUGAGAAUAACUCUUGGGUAUGGCUGCAGUGGUUUAGUCUUGUAAUCAGCUUUAUCAUCUUCUGGAUGUUUUGCGUUAUUUCUAAUGCCUUCUUCUUCACAUUUGACCAUCCGUCCAAUCCAUACUGGGUAAUGGAAAUGACUAUUUCCAAUCCAAUCCACUCCUGUAUGGUUGUUCUCGCCUGUGUUGCUGCUCUUCUUCCGAGGUUAUUUGUUCGCACUAUUCAGAUGUCUCUUUUUCCGAAUGAAAUUCACAUAGCUCGAAGACUGGAGAAGGAGGAGAUGGAGAAAGGGGAUCUCCAAGUGUCUGUUCAUUCUCCAGAGCACAAGGAGAAUGGGGACUUAUUUAAGGCCUCUGAACUGCCACUUGAGAAUGCAGCAGUCAAUGUGCGACAGCGAUCAAGAUCAACUGCCAGCACAGAGGAAUCUGUCAUCACAUAGUGAAGUUCUUGGUGUUCCUCAGAGCUUUAUUUUCAUCUCGAAGCCAUCUCGUUGUGUCAGUUGCAUUUUGUUGCUAUUACAAACAUACUUAAUAAUAUGCAAAGUACCUUGCAAAUAGUUUAAAUUGCUGAAGAAUGUACACAAGUGAAAGAAAUGCUAAUGUAGCAACUUUACUCCUUGUCUUUAUUUUACGAUGUGCAUAUUUUGCAAUUAUAAAUGUCUUUAUGUUUCAUGAUAUGGUUAUUUUGGAAAUUAAUCAAGUUGCUUUAAAAUUCUUACUUUCUUUAUUUGAAAGCCUAUUGCUAUGUCAUUAUGGAUGCUUGUGGAGUGAUUUAUUUAAAAUAUAAAUAUUGACACUACAUUUGAUUUCCCUAGGCUGUCUGCUAAAAUUUUCCUUGGGCAUAAAUUGUAUGAUACCUCAGUUAUUGUCUACUGUUAAAUCUCAUAAAAAUAUAAAUGUUUAUCUAUAAUAAAAAAAACCUCAUUGAAGGCCCUGAUCGCUUUCUAGGUUUCAAACAAAGUUUAAUGUACAUCUUUAUUUCUUUGUUUUUCUUGAGGUACAUUGCUUCAUGGCUGUGAUCACUUAGUGGCACUCUCAUGCAUGAUCAUUGAUACCAUUCUUGGUAUUUCAUGCUUUACAGUGUCUGCUCUUUCUUUAUUUUGUAAUGGUUGCCCAGUCUUGUGACGUGUGUGAAAAGUAAAUGGUGAUUUCCUCUCAUGUUUUAAGGUCUGUUGACAUUUUUUUCCUGAAGUUCAAAUAUGAAUGAUUGCGCACUAAACAUUUCUGUUCAUAGCUUGAAUGUUGCAAAUUAUUUGUGGUUGAUAACCAAGAACGGAGUGAUUAUUUUGAUUUGAAAUCAUUCUCAGAUUUUGCAGUUCCAUUUGAAAUAAAAAAAGAGAAACUGUGAGGUCUGAAAAAAUGAGAGCUUUAUGUUGUGAUAUAUUCUGACUUAUUUAUAAAUGAGACUGGCUUUUAGUUUAGUCCUUGUUACUCCUCGAGGAGCAUAGAGCCACAUCAACACCUCGCCAGCGGACUGGAUUUGGGGAGCCCCCUUCAGUUGGGCCCAUGUUGUUCUGACGUCCUUUGCCUCACUUUGUUCUUUUCCAAGUCUGUGGUCCUUUAAUAUAUUACUAAAAUUGAAUUUAAAGGAUUCUGUGAUUGACCAAUAUCGAAGUUUCUGCUUGUUGUGUAAAAUAUACCGACUGCUCAUUACUGAACUUAUCAAUUUGCUGUUGCCUUUAAAUGGGCAAAAUUGUUUAGCCUUUUCCUGUUCACAGGUGUCCAUUUUUUUGGACUGUACAUUACUGUCAAUAUGAUGCCUUAUGUUGUGCAUACACAUGCAGUUAAAUGUGUAUUGAAAGAGAGAUUUGAAAAAGAGAAAACCAGGAAAGGUAUAUUGAUUACAAUGUGAUAGCUACAUGACUGUAACUGUGGCCUUGGGUUUUCUUGUGUACUAUCACUAAAAUAACUUGUUCUUACUACUACUAUCUGUAAUUUUAAACUACUUGACUGAUGAUUGCAUUUUUGUUUUCAUAUUAAGCACUAAGACAGUGAUUUUUUCACACCCAGAUUUAUCUUUUAAAUAUUCAACAGCUUAACUAAGAGUUAUUGUGUUUAGCUAUGAGUAACUUGUGUUGCAUUCCAGAUAUUUUAAGACAUUCUUCUGUCAAGAUGAAAUUUUUGGAAAUCUUAAUGCAUGAGCUUUUUUCAAGAAUGAGCUUUUAAAAUUUGUUGAAUAUCAUAAGCCUUAACCUAAAAAAGUAAAUGUUUUUACAAAUAUUAUUUAUAAUUUGUAAUAACAGUAAAAAUAUUUAUUUAUGUGUGCAAUCUUUAUAACUGUUAUGAAGAUAGCAGCUUCAGUGUUAAGCAGUACCUAUUUAUCAAAUCAGUUGAUUUGUAUUUGUUAUUUAUAUUCUAAAGGAAAACAAUUCACCAAUCAGAUGCCAUGUUGCAGCCACACAUUUGAAUAAAAAAGCAAUUUGUUGAUUGCUUUAUGCCAAGUAAUGAAGCAUUGAUCCUAACCAGUUUACUACAAAGAUUGAUGUUCCUUUCAUAGAAAGGUACUCCUUUUAAUUUUUUUUUACAGUUAAUUGUGCUUUUACAUUGCCACAUUUAUGUGUUUUUAAAUUAUGUCCAUAUAUCAUUAAUGCACGAUUCUCAACAUCGCAAAAUAUGUAAUUUACUAAAGUUUUUGGUUUUUGCUUAGAGAAACUCAGGGGUAACAAAAAAAUGCUGAGACCACAAAGUGUGUGCCAAGUAUGUUUUGGAAUUUCCAGAUGCUGCAAAAUUAUGUUCUUGACUAAACUGAGAUAUCCUUAUCAAGUGUCACAAUCUAUACUUUGCAUCUUCCAUGCAUUUUCUAAGAAUUUAAGUUAUUGCUUUUGCAGGAUAUCACUGGACAUGCUAUGAUAUAAUUUACAUAUUUUUCCAUGUUCUCUGAUGAGGCAUUUAACCUUUUAUCUUACUGCUAGCUACUAGUUUAAGACUUCCACUAUUCACCGCACCAUUAUGAGAAUUUCAGACAUGUCACCAGCACCAUCAUUUCCUCACUGUUCCCUGCCUUUUUACUCAUUUAACCAAUGAGCUGCUCAUAAAUGUUUUUAUGAUUGGUGACAAGUGAGUCUCUCCGAAAUGUUUGUGUCAUCAUGUUUUUGCUGUUUUGUUGUAACCAUUAUAUCAGAACCUGUCCCCAACUGUUCUUUUAUUCUGCUUGUAAGACUUUUAGUGAAGAACUCGGGUCAGUUAUGUAAAGUUAAUGUGUCAACAACAGUCAUCAUCAUUUGCUGUUUCAUUUUUUUGUUCUAUAGCAGCCACUUUAAAUACAAUGUGCCGCCAUGCCUAUGUUAAUCUCCCUUUUUUAGCAAUUAUUCAGUUUCAUUUGCUGGACUUCAGUAAUAAUAUUGUGGUAAUGUUGACCACUAUUGCGUUAAAGUGAGGUGAUUAAAGGUUAUCAAAGGACAAUACAUUGUAGUUUCAAAAGAUUGUAAGCUCUGGAAAGUUCAUUUACUGAUUUUCAUUUUGUCAGAAAUAAAAUAACCUUAGAAAUUAUUCUUGAACUACUACAUUGAAAAUUAAGAGUGGACAAAUGUCACACUUUCAUAGACCUGCUAUUUUUUUUUUUAAAACAAAUGCUUUACAGCACCAAAGGUAACACAAAACUAAGCAAUGUAUGAAUGAAAUUUCAGAUAAGGUCUGUAAAUGUUGACACUCAUCACUUUGGGUGUAAUGUAUAAAAUACAUUAAAAGCAGUAGUUUUUUGUUCACCUAUUUGUUACAGAAUUAAUACAUUUUAAGAUUGAUUAGUUGAAUUUGAGAUAUUAAGGUGAAAAUGAGUGCAGUUUUAAAAUCAUUUCCUUAUGCCAUCAUGUUAGAAAUAAGGAAGACAGUCACUUUCCUUCAUCAAUUAUACAAAAUUUAAGUCUUGACAUGAAAAUAGCCAGAAAUGUAUAAAAGGUUUUUGUUCCUUUUAAGUCAUGUUCACUCAUAUUGUCAAGUAAUGCAUCCUUAUAAGAAUUUGUUUUAACUGGUACAUGUAGUCAUUAUGAACACAGUUAAUUAAGAGUUAUCUGGUAACUAUACAUCCCACCAAAAAGACAUUGAUGAAAUUCCAAUUUUUCCCAGUACUGAUAAGUUUCUUUAAAAAUAUUAGGAAAAUGGCUUUCAGUUUUCAUGUAAACACACGAGAAGCACUUACUUCUGCACUAUUAUGUUGGUGCUAUGUUAAGAUGAACUAUUUUCAUAUUUGAGGCUUCAUUUUUCUCAUAUUUUGUCCAUUGUUUAGGCCAAUAUCAAUUGCAAUGAUUUUCAUUUUUUAAUCUCUGUUUAUCAAAUGUUUAGUAUCAUUAAAUGAUGACCGUAAAAAGUUGGGAUUGUUUUGUAUGCUGUUGAUGUGUAACACCAAGUCAGCAUUUGAAAAAAUUGAAGAAUCAAACUUGUACUCUAUGGUAGGCCAGGCACCCUUUACCAGUUCACAACUGAAAUAACACCUUGUCUUUUCUA